UGCUUUACUCAAAUCAUGUAGUGUCGACAUGACACACAGUUGAACAACUUAGCUCAGGUACUUUCGAUAAAACGAGUAUUGCACAGCCCAACAAAAGGCUAAAUGAAAUGAAAUCCAAUUGCUUCCUAGUAAACUUUACAGUCGUUUUUCUUAGCAUCACUAUGGUUCGUUUGUCUUUCUCUAUCCUCUCGCGACCAUCUAUUGCACAUUACUUCGGGACAAAAGGCAGGUACGAGGAAGUAAAUCCACAUCUUUUAAAUGACAUUGUGUUUGUUAACACCUCACUGGUCGCACCACCGUCUCCAAACUGUAAUGCUGUUCAUAUGGUGUGCGUGAUACGACAUGGGACGCGUUAUCCGACGACCGAAAACGUGAAGAAGCUCGCGCGCCUGUUUGACCUGGUGGUAUCUGACGCGUCGGGUUCAGCGCCGUGGCUCAAUUUCAUUAAAAACAAAUGGAAGAUGUGGUACACUGAAGACAUGGACGGCAAGCUGGUGGAGAAAGGUCGGGAUGACCACAGGCAUUUGGCCAUGCGAUUGGCCAAGUCAUUCCCGACUUUGAUUUCCGAGGAAAGUCUCAGUGGCAACCGCAUUGACUUUAUCACCAGCUCCAAACACCGGUGUGUUGACAGUAUCAAAGCUUUCCAGGAAGGUCUGCACAAAAUCUGGGAUCUGCAGGAUAUGGAUUACAAACAUUAUGUGGAUGACUCACUCUUGAGAUUCUUUGAUCAUUGUGAGCGAUUUGUUAACAGUGUUGAGAACAACAAAACAGCUAUGAAUGAGGUUCAUCGAUUUAAGUCCUCAAGUGAGAUGGAUGCAGCUCGGAGGAAGAUUGCCAACCGGCUUCAGAUUCCAUAUGAUCAGUUCACCCCGGAUAUGGCAGAAGCAGCUUACUUUUUGUGCUCCUAUGAGUUUGCCAUCAAGUCUGAGAUCUCCCCCUGGUGUAAUCUGUUGGACGAAUCAGAUGCUCAAGUCCUGGAGUAUAAAUGCGAAUUGAAACAGUACUGGAAGAGAGGAUAUGGACAUGACAUCAACAGUAAAUCCAGCUGCCCUCUGUUUCAUGAUAUUUUUGAGCGUCUUGAUAAAGCUGCUUAUGACUACAGAUUUAGGGAAGUAGUAAAAACUGCCACAAUACAGGUCGGCCACGGUGAGACUCUGCUUCCUCUUUUCUCUCUAAUGGGCUUCUUCAAGGAUGAAAAGCCGUUGACAGCAGAGAACUUCUCACAGCAGCACAACCGCAAAUUUCGCACCGGUCAGAUUGUACCUUAUGCAGCAAACUUAGCAUUUGUCCUGUAUGAAUGCAGCGAUGGACUCAGAGUGCAGUUAUUUCAUAAUGAGAAGCCCAUUCCAUUUCCCAACAUGAACCAGUUUGCUCCAUUGUUUGAAUCAGUCAAAAAGCAUUACUCAAAACUCCUUCAAGGUUGUGAUUUUAAAAAAGAAUGUGACAUGCCUCAGAAAAACCUCAGGAACACUGAACUGUAAGUCAGGUUAUCAAAUAGUGAAUCUGCAAUAGUAUGUAAAAUAUGUGGGGGGGGGGGGUUUCGGCAACUUUAUAUUUAAAUUGUCACUUUGUUUUUCUUCAGAAAUAUUUUUUUCUAUAUGUAAUUUAUUUUAGAUGUUACCAAAUGUCUUGGUGGUGUACGGGAUAUUUUAAAUAUUUAUGCUUUGAAAAUGGGAUAUUUUUAAUAUUUAUGCUUUGAAAAUCGGUAUAGGUUUUGUUAUUUUAUAUGUUAUGUUUAUUUGCCGAAGAGAAAUGUGGGUUUAAGGUACCAAAUAUGUUAUUUUUUAUUAAUAAAAUGUAAGAUUAUUUCUUUACAUCUGUGCAUUAUCCAAAUAAACUUUUUUUCUGC